UUUCAUUCAUAUUUAAAUAAAUUCCACAAUAGAUAACGCAUCAACAUCAAAAUGUUCAUACUUGAAUCCAACAUGUUUCUUUCUUUGUUUAUUUAAUUCCACCAAAAUUACAUCAUUUUGUUUAGAAACCGAAAAAUUAUCCGUUCGGAUCGAUAACACCUUUCUCUGUGUAAGGUUAUAGAAUUUAUAGACAUCAAAUCAUUGAAGUUUGCGGUAGCAAGUCUUGAUCAAGAAACCUCUGUCUGUAGGUACGAAUUCUUGCUAGCCAGUGGAACUAUAAUUAAUGCAAGGGGGGAGGGGAUGCAAAUAUCAAUCUAUCGCAAUUUCUCACCACUCAAUUUCGUCAUCAAAUAAUUUCAUAGAGAAAUUUUAACUUAUUUUUGUUUAUGACAAUUUUUCUAAUAUGAUUCGUGGCAUACCUAACAGUUUUUGACAUGUAUGUUGAAUUGUUGAUCGAUAAAAACAAAAUGAUAAAUAAAUUUAAUUUAAUUCAUAAUUUCAAUGUUAUUCACAAUGAGUCACUAUGCCGAAAUUUCAUUUUCUGAAAUAUUUAUAAAAUGCAAAUUUUUUCCUAUGUGGCAAACAAAAUAUUUUUUACGUGCUCAAUUAGAUGAUGGUUCAUAAAUUGAUCACUCAACCAAUUUCCGAGAUAAAUUAUUAACUCCGUACCUGAAAAUAAGGGUGGGCAUUCGGUCGGUUCGGUUUCGAUCGAACCGAAAUUAUGAAUACCGGGUCCCCGAAUUCUCUCAAACCUCAAACCAAAUUCGAACCGAAUUAUAAUUCGGUUCGGUCGGUUUAAACCAAAUUAUAAUUUGGUUUGGUUCGAUUUUUCACUCAAAACCAAAUUUGUAAAGCUACUUGUAUUUUCUCACUUUUAAAUUAUUUUUCACCCCUAAUAUAAACAAUAAAUAUCAAUUAUAUGCAUCAUCAAUGAUAAAAUCAAACUUUUCAACACAUAAGUCAUAAAACAUUUCAAAUAUUUAAAUCUAAAAACAACUGCAAACAUAAAAAUCCACCAUUUGGAGCUUGCAAUUAUAGUAUUUCGGUCGGAAAUUCAAAAAUUCGGUCGGUUGAAAGAACCCUGGUUUCCGAACUAUCCAUAUUUUACUUUCGAAUUCCUAACCGAAUAGCAUUAAUUGGGUUUUGGUUCGGUUUAAUUCGGGUUUGGUUCGGUUCGGGUUUACCGAACCGUUUGCCCACCCCUAACUGAAAAGGCCAUUAAUAAAAAAUUGAAAUGACUAAUGUAUUUACAUAUCUUAGUAAAAUGAUAAAAAAAUAAAUUCCUUGUUUACAAUAGAGGAGCCAAUAAUUAUAAUUAUCAAAACUGUGUAGGAGGUCUCAAAUUCAAAAUUUGUCCAAACGAAACCUGAGUUGCUCACAAAACAUUAUUCGAGCCUACUGCAUGGAUCUGUCCUAUAUAUGAUCAUCGAUAUGAAGUCAACUCUUUUCUCGUCGGGUAAUAUGAAGUAAAUUCCUUGAUUUAAGAAAAAAAAUUCGAUAAGGGAGCAAGUAUUUAACCAAAUACGAGAAUCUCGUCCAUUCAAAUUCAACUUUGUUUCUCAAGGUUUGAUCCGCAACUUCACCGUACGUAUCAAUGGUAGUUUAUGAUCUAUCUCGCUCGAUCUGUUUGGGGCAGAUAUAUAUUACCCCUUAUCUGUAGCAUGUGGGCGGCACAUGCGACGUAUUACUUUCAUCCUAUCCUACCCUGCCCUACCUCAUUCUCAGCGACCUGUUAUAACUUAAUUUUUUCAAUAUCUACUUAAUUACAUCUCUUCUCUUAUAAUCUGUCUUAAACCAUGUGGGAUCGAUCUCUUGGAUGUUGAGUAUAGGAAGAAAAGUUUUUUGCAUUAUCAUAUACACUAUAUGGAUUAUGGAGCUUCCCACUUUGAAAGUUGUUGUUGGGUAAAGUAAAGUAACGAGAGAGUAUGAUGAUCACUUUUCUUUUUGCUUCUCCCUUUGAAUCUUUGGCCAUCCAUCUGCCUUGAUUGCUGGUUUAGCUCCAAACCACCUUUUCCUCUCUCUCCUUUUGCUUUCCUUCAAAUAAUGAAACGGUGGCGCAUAUCCAGCAUCCCUCCACUUCCCAUAACGUACAAUCGUGUACGUAGGUUACUCCAUACAUAAACACACAUCCAAUUAAAUAAUUCCACCUAUUAUUUUGUUUGAUAUUUUUGCUCCCAGUUACAAAGAUAUAAUUCGAUCCACAUACCAUUAUCUAAGAAGAGCAACUUCACUUUCCACGGUUAGUGAUACAAUUUCUAACUUGAUUUGCACGACUUGGAUCUGUCCUGACCUGUUUGGGGAGGGAGUACUUAUCCGUUUGGUAAUCACGUGGGACGAGUAUGGGCGCGAUUCUUUCGACCUGCUCCAUCUGCCUCAUCUUGUUCUCGAUCCGUUCUAUCUAUAUGGAUUUCUCCUUUUUUCAUCGCUCUAAAAUCAAAAUAUAUUUAUAUAUAUUUAAUCUUUCAACUAUUUAAACUCAAUUAUUCAUUCUGCUCUGCUAUAUUUCUCAUUCGUUUGUGAACUUCUUUAUUCAUAUGUUCUUGUUAAAACUUAAAUAUCGACAUUUUCUCCCAAAUAACAUAUAUUAAUGAAUCGACUCGUCCCACCUCAUACUUACACGAAUAUUACCCAAUCUAAUUCACACUUAAUACGAGAUACAUAUGAGUAUUGAUAUACCCGUCUAUCACCAUCACUACCAAUCCUCCUUUAAAUACCCUUCCCCUCUCUUCCCCCUCCCCACACUCACAACUCAAAAAACGCUUCUCUCUCUCUACUAAUCCCCCCCUCUCUCUCUAGAAAAAAAGGGCUAAGAACCAUAUACGAAGAAGAGGAAAGAAACAAAAAAAAAAUCAAAUCAAAUCAAAUCAUGGAGCCGAAAACGCCGGAGGAAGUAGCGAAGAAGCUGUGGCACAUCGCGCGCGUGGUGUUCUUCAUGCUCCGGCGCGGGAUCUCCAAGAGCCGCAUCGCCGUCGACCUCGGCCUCCUCGCCAAGCGGGGAAACAAGCUCGCCGGUAAAGCCAUCGCCAACUUCCUCACCUUCAACGGCCUCGGCGGCGGGACCCACAGCCACGUCAGCACAGCUCAUCACCAUCAUCACAACAAGUCGUCAAGCUUCCUCUUCGGCUGCCGGUCGAACGGCGCCGUUUCGUUCGUGUCCCCGCGGGAGUACGAGUUCAGCUGCAGCAACAGCCCCGCCCUCAGCUUCUACCCUUUCCACAAGCGCCGGAAGGCGGCCAAGUACGACGACGCCACGACGGUGGCGGCCGUGCAGAGGAUGCUGGAGAUGCUCAACCACAGCGAGGCCUCGGCGGCUGCGUCGCCGAUGAUGCCGGGGUUCGGGAGGAGCCCAGCGACGGUGAGGCAGCUGAGGAUCACGGACUCGCCGUUCCCGGUGAAGGACGAGGGUUUCGGCGGAGGCGACGGCGGGCAGGUGGACAGGGCGGCAGACGAGUUCAUCAAGAGGUUUUAUAAGGACUUGAAGUCGGAGAAAGCGACGGCGGCGACGGAUCAAUCUCCUUCUCCUUACCACAGCUUGUGGGGCCGAUGAGGAAAUUAAAUUAAAUGGGAAAGAAAAGAAACAUUUUAAUUUUUGGAAAAUAAUUUGUUGACAGCCAGCCAGCCAUGCAUUGAAUUGAAGCCACGUCGUGUUCAUCGACUGCUGGCAGCCUGCUGGCCCGGGCCCAAAGCGUCGGUCAUCGCCGGUUAAUUUGUUCCGUCCACGGCGGGGAGAAGGUGAAGGUUAAUUAUUUUUUUUACCGGUGAUGGGGAUAGGUGGAAAUAAAUUACGGUUCCAUGUUAUUUUGCGAUGUUUUUUUUUUUACCGCUUGCGUUCAGUUAUUAAUUUGAUGGAAUUCAAGAGGAUUAACGUUUCACUACCACUUGGUUUAAAUUUUUUGUCACCGGCUUCAGCUUUCAAUUCCCAACCUUUGUUCGUUAACUAUUUCAAGUUGUGUAAUUGCUCUGUUCCUUCCUUUUUCCCAAUCUCCUUACUUGACGAGAAAAAGAUUGGUGGGAGUGGAACACCAUAACUUUGAGAGAUAUAAAGAAAGGGUAAACGAAGUUUUUUUUUACCAUUCUUUUGAUGAAGAAAUAAAGCUAGCUUGGUGGAACAACAUAAAAGUAACACUUCAGCAAAAUCCUACAUUGACGAAUCACAAAAUCCAUGAUUCAUAAAUAAGAAAUUGUUCAUAACUGACAAGACGUGUUUUGGUGUGAAAUGGAUGAGUUCUCAUUAUAUGUAUGUGGAGUACAAUAAGUAUGGGGAGACCUUAUGGGAAGUCACCUUGGAAUUGUACCCCAAGGCAAAAACCCAGAGUGGAUAAUAUCUUGGUUAGAAAAAAGUUUGGGAUGUUAUAAUAACUUGGAAGUAGCUAUGAAUGGCAAAAAAAAAAAAAUUAUACUUGUCCAUACUCGUUCGAGUUUGAUUUAAUUGGAUAUGGUCAAAUUCAAAUUUGAAGAUGUUUUAAUGGAUAAUGUAUAAUGUAUAAAACUCGAAUCCAAAGAUUUUCUUACUAUCCCAUCUGAAUCAACUCGAUUAUACACAUACGUAUGUGUUUUGUUUUAAAACUGAUCAUUGUUUUUUCAACACAUUUGAUAUUUAUUGCUCAUAUAUAACAUUUACAUAAAAUCGUGUUGUUUUAACCAAUUUUCUUCAUUCUAGUAAUUUAUUGCUGAACAUUUUCAAUUAUGUAAUGUCGGUAUCCGUGUAAUUUUAUAAUCCGUUCGUUUGAAUUAUAAAGAGAAAUUAUUACACAUGAAUAACUGUGGACCUCCGAAACCCGAUAAGAUAUACAUAUGAUUUUAAUAUUUUAUCUGAUUCUUGUGUGAAUAUGAGAUAGUGGAUAUACACUAUCCGCCCGAGCUUUGAUAUCUCUAGUUGGAAGUUCUUGUACAAAGCAAUAACUAUGAAAGCUUCAUGGGUGUGGUGGGGGAUCAUUGGUGUUAAUGUUAAGUAAAUGGGUUUCUGGGGGUUGGUGAAGAAGAGAGGGAAGGUUUGGAAUUUUAAUUAAUAGCAUUAUGCUUUUCUUUUAGGUACAUUAUGUUAUACAGUGGUAUAUAUUUAUGUAUCAUUUCAUAUUUCUGUAUCGUCGUCAUUGAUAGCUCACCUGCCAAUAUAUAUUGCAAUCAACACCCAAUGGACUAGCAAAUUUUUCAAAGCAUGCACAUAUUUUUAAUCAAAGCUUUGUUUUACAGUACUCGAGUUAUAAGUAUCUGGUCGAUUAGCACUUGUUGAUUUCUCAUGAGUACUGACUACACUAGAAGAAGUCUUAUAUUCCGAGUUUCAGUAUAAUGAGUCGAUCGAUUGAUUGAUUAUGAUGAUUUAAAAAGACGAUUGUUGCGAUGAGUACUCAAGAAUAAUUUUGUUCUAGUAUCCAGUAUCCACUCAACCGUUAAUACACAGAUGAUCCGUUG